GUCACUGUGUCUGUCGUGUAUGUGUGUCUCUGCAACACAACAUCAUGUCAUGUAUGUUAUGCUAAUGUUGGUGUAACAAUUUAUUUACACAAACACAAUAAUAAUCAAAUCAAAACAAUCAAAGAAAAAGAAAAUAGUAGGUGUAGUGUUAGUAACUACUAGAGUUAUUUUUUACUACUGUGCCUGUGCCUCUCUCUCGUGAGUGAUUUUCAUUUCACCCCUUUUCCUGUUUUUCUCUUUCCUCAUUCAACAUUUCAACUAUCCCUCUCUCUCUCUCUCACAAACACUCUUUCAAACUUUUCAAACCCUAGCAAUACCCUUUUUGUGUCUUUCACUUCUCCUUCACACUCAUCUUUCUGGCCUAAGGAUUUUCUUUAAGGUUUGGAUGCUUCAUUUUGCAAUGUUAAAGGGAUUAAUGUCAGUGAUUCAAUUCUGCUGAAUCCAAAGGAUGAUCUUUUGUGGUUUUUGAUUUCCUUGCAAUUCUCUUUGUGACUCAUCUUUAGAAUUGAGAAGAUAUAAAGCUAAAUUGUUGCUCAUUAUUUUGUUGAAUCAUCAAAAAUAUCUAUCGACUAUGAAUACAUCUGUCAAUACGUGUGAGAUCGUUGAAUUAAGUGAAGAGAUAUUUCCCGAGUUUGAAAUGGGUGGAAAACCUGAGAGUAGUUGUUCCUACAAAUUAGGAAAAAGGUACUCGAUUGAGGAUGAUAUUAAUCGUCUUUUCCAAGCUAUUGAGAUUAAAAGUUCAUCAAGAGGUCAUAGUAUAUCGAGAUCGCAAAAGAGUGCUCUUAAAAGACCGAUCAAAGUUUGUCCGUCUCAGGCGUCUGGAAUUGGCAUCGCGGAGCCGGUAAGUUUGAAACAGGCACUUAGAGGAUUGUGCAUCUCUCAGGCAUCAGAAAUGGCUGCUUUGAAGAGACCAUCAAAGCAAUGCAGCUCGUCUAGAGUAUCAGAGGUUGGCACGGUAAAAAAGUUGGUUGAAAUCUCCCUAGUGCCAGAGAUAUCUACGCCUUCUGGUAAAUUUCCCGAUGUAGCAAUAUCAAGCUCGAGUGCUAACCAUUCCAUUCGCGUGGUCAAUGAUGCAAGCUCAAAAGAAAUGACAAAUAGGUUUGUAUCCCGAGAUCAGAUCGUUCCUCUUCCACCGGAGGUUGAAGCUGGCAACACAGCAAUAAGAACCGAGGAAGUGCUAGAGGUCAAAACGAAUCCUGCUACCUCGAGUAAAUCUUGUUUUGAUUCUUCGAUGCUGGAUAAGGAUCGAGUGGAAAAUUCACAUUGUGCAUCUUGUCCACCUAGCACUAGAAAUGAUGGUGGAGUCGACAAAUCCUCAAGCAUUAGUACAUGUUUGGCAAAGCCAAUAUUCAAUAACAUGAACUUUUUUAAGAAAAAGGUAAAAAAAGACCUAUGUUCUGCCUCGAGCUGCGCUACUAGUAGUUCUGACAAGGGGAGUGGAAAUUCUGAUCUUAAGCAUGAAGUGAAAGAAAAUGAUAAACAAUCUACGUGCAGUUCGAAUCAUAGCAUUGAAGUUAACUCAGUUAAUGUUAGUAGAGAUUCAAGUAAACCUAGUUCUAGUUUGAAUUGCAAUAAGAAAACUAAGUUUCUUGUUACAAAAGUUGAUGAAAAAUCAAGAUCGAAGGAAAAGGGCGAGUUCUCGCAGAGCUCAAAAAGUAGCAUGGGUGAGUAUAGUACUAGUAGCACAAGCAUCAGUGAGGAGAGCAAUCUUAGCAGUUCAAAUCGCAGUGGACAACGACCACACAUGUCAAAGCACUCGAGAUGGGAAGCUAUUCGAGCAGUUCAACAGCAGCAUGGUAACUUAAAUUUGAGGCAUUUCAGGAUGCGAAGGAAGAUCGGUAGUGGAGACAUCGGAACUGUUUAUCUUGCAGAACUAAUUGGUACUAGCUGCUUUUUUGCAUUGAAAGUUAUGGACAAUGAAUUUUUGGCUAGCAGGAAGAAAACAUUUAGGGUCCAAACUGAAAGAGAGAUCCUUCAAAUGCUGGAUCAUCCAUUUCUUCCUACACUUUAUUCGUAUAUCAAUACGGAUAAGCUCUCUUGCUUGGUCAUGGAGUAUUGUCCGGGCGGUGAUCUGCAUGUGCUGCGACAGAGGCAAACAUACAAGAGCUUUUCGGAGCAAGCAUCUAGGUUUUAUGUUGCUGAAGUUCUUCUCGCCCUUGAGUAUUUGCACAUGAUGGGAGUUGUAUAUCGAGAUCUAAAGCCGGAAAAUAUCUUAGUACGCGAAGAUGGACACAUUAUGCUGACAGAUUUUGACUUGUCACUCAGAUGUUCUGUUAAUCCAAUGUUAGUCAAAUCAUCUUCACCCGAAGCAGAUGCGACAAAGAAGAUCUCCAGUCCUUGUUCAGGGGCUAGCUGCAUACACCCUUUUUGUCUCCAACCAGAUUGGCAAGUUUCGUGCUUUACUCCUAUUCUACUGUCUCCCGGAGCGAAAUCUCGGAAGAUGAAGGCUGACAUAAGUGCUCAAGUUGGUCCACUGCCACAGCUUGUAGUUGAGCCUACCGAAGCACGGUCCAACUCAUUCGUUGGAACGUACGAAUAUCUAGCUCCAGAGAUCAUCAAAGGUGAGGGACAUGGGAAUGCUGUAGAUUGGUGGACUUUCGGUAUACUUUUGUUUGAGCUUUUAUACGGAAAAACUCCAUUCAAAGGUCCAUCAAAUGAUGAUACAUUAUCCAACAUCGUGUCGCAGAGCCUUAAGUUUCCAGGCACUCCUAUAGUCAGUUUUCAUGCAAGAGAUUUGAUCAGAGGAUUGUUGAUAAAGGAUCCUGAAAAUCGAUUAGGUUCAAUAAAAGGUGCUGCGGAAAUUAAACAGCACCCUUUCUUCGUUAACCUCAACUGGGCUCUAAUACGGUGUGCAGCACCACCGGAGCUCCCUAAGUUUCGCGAUUUUGGAACUAGUGCUUCAUCUAUGGCUACACAUAAGGAGAAUGCAAAUGAUUUAGAGGAUAUAGAUGAUUGUGAAGAGUUUGAGCUGUUUUAGUUAAACUUGUCUUCUCUUCCUUUCUCAACGUGUUCUCUUUUUUCGUUUCUUCUUUUGCGGGGUAAGGAAUUAACUUGAAACUGACUUAGUUUCAUAAUCAGUUCUCAUCCUUGUAACACUUAGUAUAGCUUAUAGCAUAAAUGUAAUCUAAAUAUUUUGACAAAUAGAUGGAAUAGUAGUAUAUGUUUAUACUUAA